AUGCCGAAGCCUGUCCACCACGCCAAACGAGGCGGUCAUUACUCAACAAGCAAGCGAGCAGGUUUCCCAAAGAAGAUAUGGCAAUCUUGGAAGGUUGCACCGUUCGCUUUUGAAGCUGAGCAGAUUCUUACUGCGCGGACAUGGACCGACAAAAACCCUGGUUACCGGUAUGAAGUCCUCACCGACAAUAACGAUAUGGAGUACGUCGAAGAGCACUAUGGCCCAGGUGGGUUCGACCGCCCAGACAUUGUCGACAUGUACCGUAAUGUGAACGCCACCAUUAUCAAGGCUGACCUCCUUCGCUACAUGAUCAUGUAUGCGGAGGGAGGAGUCUAUGCGGACAUUGAUGUUGAGGAUCUUCGGCCCGUUAGCAGAUGGAUUCCGGAACGGUAUGCGGAGGCAGACAUCGACCUUGUCAUUGGGGUCGAAAUCGAUCAGCCGCACUUCAAAGAUCACCCCAUCCUUGGCAAGAAGUCGAUGUCUUUUUGCCAAUGGACAUUUAUGUCGCGUCCCGGUCAUCCUGUUAUGAUGAAGCUGGUUGAAAAUAUCAUGGCAUGGCUCCGCGAUGUGGCAAAGUCCCAAGGUGUGUCCAUCUCAGAAGUCAAGCUAGACUUUGAUGAGGUCAUCAGUGGCACCGGGCCUUCGGCAUUCACCAAAGCCGUGCUGGAAGUGAUGAGUGCGCGGUCUAGAUCAGGGUCGAUAACAUGGGACACUUUCCAUGAUAUUGACGAGUCAAAAGUCAUCAGCAACAUCCUGGUCCGCGACGUCGAAUCUUUCGCUGCCGGCCAAGGUCACUCCGACUCUGGAAACCACAACUCAAGGGGCGCCCUUGUCAAGCAUCACUACCACGCUUCGAACUGGCCCAGCCGGCACCCGCGUUUCAGACACCCUAUCUUUGGUGAAGUUGAGAGGUGCAACUGGAAUAUUGAGUGCGUUAUAAAGUGGGACCAAGACAUCGCUGCAUUCAAUUCGCUCUCUCCCGAGGAGCAGAAGCAAGCAAUUGAUCAGCACGAGAACCUCCAAAAGAUUCAGACACAACAGGCGCUAGAAAAAGCGGAGCAGCAGAAAGCUGCUGAACAGGCGGCGUUACAGCUCCCACCUCAGCAGCCUCCUCAAAUACCUAUACAACAGGCUGCACAGCAAGAGGAGUUGAAGAUGAGGUAA